AUGUCUUCCCCCAGACCGGAAGCGGAACGCUUAGGGUCGAGAAGUGUAGUGUUAGCGAACCUCCGCGAGGCGCUGACCGUCGUCGCGAACGUGGCGGACGGCGGGAUCAACGUACCUUUCGUGAAAGGAGCGAUGCAGAUCGCCGUCCAGGUUAUCGAUGCGGCAGAGUUGGUGCGGAAGAACAAGGAGGAUUGUCGAGAAGUUGCGGCAAUGGCUGCUCAGACGAUGCUGAACCUGAUCAAGCCACUGCAAGGGAAGGACGAGGGCGACAUCACCGAAGCCCUGCGGGAUCAGCUGGGCGAUCUUCAAUUGAAGCUGUCUGAGGAUGAACAAGUCCUGGACAGCAGUAGCAUUCUCUUGUCCAGCACACCCCCUCCAAUGCCAGCUGUCUUUCAUGGCAGAGAGGGUGAAGUGUCAGAUGCUGUGGCUACCAUCCUGGGAACUUCCUGCAUAUCACCAUCUCAUCUUGCUAUCCUUGGUUCUGGAGGGAUGGGGAAGACUUCUCUGGCUCUAGCGAUUCUUCACCAUGAACAAGUCAAGGAACACUUCAAGAAGCAUAUCUACUUUGUUCCUUGUGAAUCAGCAACCAGUCCUGAACAGCUGGUAUCCCACAUUACUAGUGUCCUCAGAGUCCAGAAAGUGAAAGACCAAGACAUACUCACAUGCCUUGACAUUUUCCUGCGAGCUGUGCCUGAGCUCCUCCUUGUCCUGGACAAUUUUGAAACCCCCUACCAUAACUCAGAAAAUACCCAGCAGAUUGUGGAAAUUCUUGGAAGAAUAGGCUGUAUUCCCCAAGUGACUAUCAUAGUCACCAUGAGAGGGGAUUCUACUCCCAGAGGGACUCUUUGGGGAGUGCCACUUUAUGCAGGAUCUCUACCUCCAGAAGCCUCCGUCAAGACUUUUGCAGAUAUCUCACAGAAAGAUGCAAAGGACCCAAAGCUUUCUCAGUUGCUGGCCAAGAUUGACCAUGUCCCUCUAGCAGUCACAUUGGUGUCUAACCUGGCCAAGGUGGAGUCAGUAUCAAAUCUUCUCAGACAGUGGGAGAGGCGAAAGACAGCCAUGCUUAAGGAUGAGACUGGAAAUGCCAAGGACAAUAAUGUGGAAGUCUCAAUUGAGAUGUCAAUCCAGAGCAAGAUUGUGGAGGCACAGACAGAUGCACUACCACUGCUGGCAAUCAUAUCAUAUCUCCCAGAUGGCUUGCUGGAUCCAUACUCUGAAGAUACUCACCCUGGAACACAGAAAUGGGGGGUCAUGACAAGUCUAAUGAAAGGGAGGGAGGAUGCUGUCACAGCCCUCUCAAGAACGGGACUGGUACAGAAGACUGUUGGUGGUUUCAAUACCCUUUCACCAAUCAGGCAGUAUGUGCUGAAGCAAUAUCCCCCAUCUGAAGAGCACCUGAGGAUACUGGAAGCAUACUACAUCAACCUCCUUUGUGGGUCCCAUCCAGAGCAUCACAGUGAUAUCCACCACCACCUGUCAGUUGAGGCUGGCAAUGUUAUGUGGUUGGUCAAGGACAGGACCCAGAACCAGUCACCAGUACCCCCAGGUUUGCUAGAAGCAGCAUACAAUAUGUCUAGCUUCCUGCAUAAACAUUUCAGAUAUGAUGAAGCUAUCCAGAUGCUCCUGCAGGCCCUCCAAGGUUACGAGGAGAUAGGGGACAAGCAUGGAGUGACUGGAUGCCUUGAGAGUCUGGGUGACAUUUUCUGCAUGAUGUCCAGAUAUGAGGAAGCUGCUCUGAAGCUGCAGGAGGCUCUCCAAGGCUACAAGGAGAUAGGGGACACGCAUGGAGUGGCAGGUUACUUGUGGAGUUUGGGGGUCAUCUUGAAGAAUGCUGCAAGAUAUGAUGAAGCUACAGAGAAGCUGGAGCUGUCCCUGGAAGCCUACAGAAGCAUUGGGAGUGAGAGGGCCAAAGCUCUCUGUGUUUGGCAUCUGGAUGAGAUCUCAAGGAUCAAGGGUGGGGGUGGUCAUACCUUGUCAUAG